AUGCCCUUUACGACAUUGACGUUCGCAACAUCAUUGGACUCAUCAAUUGCUUUAUCACCUGGUGCUAGAACUGCCCUUUCGGGUCCUCAGUCAAAAGCAAUGACGCAUUAUCUGCGGUCCCGCCAUGAUGGUAUCCUCAUUGGUGUCGGUACAGCAGUAGCGGACGACCCUGGUCUCAAUUGUCGCGUUACAGGGGUCGGCGGCUAUGGUGGGGAAGGCCUGGACGGCCAACCGCGCCCAGUGGUCAUCGAUCCCACCGCACGAUGGGAUUUUUCCGAAGACAGCAAACUUUUCCAAUUAUGUCGAGAGGGACGCGGUCGGGCACCAUGGAUUGUGACUGUGCUGCCAGAACCACCAGCUGAGAAGCGAAUGCUCUUGGAAAAAUAUGGUGGACAAUUCAUCACACUAAACAUGAGGAGCUCGGAUGAUAACAAACACCACAUUGAUUGGAAUGACCUCCUCCUGACCCUUCGGUCUAAGGGGCUUCAGAGUGUUAUGAUUGAAGGAGGUGCUCAAGUUAUCAAUUCUCUGUUGGCACCGGCGUAUAUGUCGUUGAUCAACAGUGUUAUUAUUACGAUUGCUCCGACAUGGCUGGGUCAAGGUGGUGUUGUUGUAUCUCCUGCACGGCGCUUCGAUGGAGAGGGAAAUUCCAUAUCUGCAGCCAGAUUGCGAAAUGUCAAUACAAUCUCAGAUCCCGGAUCCUAA